AAUCCGUGCCGCGUCGUCGCCCGGGCUGCCGCUCUUUGCUGGUUCCUGAUAUGACUACGAUACGAAAAUAAGAGGUCUGCGGUCAGGUCGCCCGGAUAAAGGUGUGGAUAGAGGGGAGGACAGACAGCGAGUUGGAGCCGUCAAUGCCGAGCUCUCCGACUUCUCUACGUUAGAGUUCGUAAAGCUGAGAGAGACGUCAGCCAACCGCCCGAAAACUCCACCUGAUCCACCAUGAUGGCAUCCAGCGACGUGGACACCAGAGCCGAUGGCUCGUUCUACUCCGACCAGAACCCAUCAGAGUUGGACGCUCUGUGUCCGUCUCCUCCAGGACCGUCCAGACCCCAGAGGAGCUAUGAGAGGAUUGGAGGAAGAACAGGAACCACGUUUUGUCAGACUCUGAUUCACCUGUUGAAGGGGAACAUCGGUACUGGCCUGCUGGGCCUGCCUCUGGCCAUAAAGAACGCCGGGCUGGUGCUUGGACCCGUCAGCCUCCUGAUUAUGGGAAUUAUUGCCGUCCACUGCAUGAAGCUCCUGGUGAAAUGUUCCCACCACCUCAGCGCUAAGAUAAACAGGCCGUCCUUGUCUUACGGUGAAGUGAUGCAGUAUGGGAUGGAGAACGUGUCGUGGCUGAGGAGACAUUCACAUUGGGGAAAACGGACGGUGAACUUGUUUCUCAUCAUCACACAGAUGGGCUUCUGCUGCGUCUACUUUGUCUUCCUCAGUGACAAUGUCAAGCAGGUGGUGGAAGCAGCCAACUCCACCACCGUCAGCUGCAGACUGAACCACACCAACCAGACGGACAUCCUGGUUCCGAGCUUCGACUCCCGCCUCUACAUGCUCUGCUUCCUGCCUGCCCUCAUCCUGCUGGUUUUCAUCCCCAACCUGAAGUACCUGGCUCCCUUCUCUCUGGUGGCAAACGUGUUCAUGACUAUUAGUUUGGUGCUCAUCUACAUCUACUCCAUCAUGAACAUCACAUCCCCCGUCAACCUACCAAAGGUCGGCAGAGCUAAAGACUACCCUCUGUUUUUUGGGACGGCCAUCUUUGCUUUCGAAGGGAUCGGAGUGGUUCUCCCCCUGGAAAAUAAAAUGCAGAAGCCUCAGAAAUUCACCGAGGUUAUGUAUUUGGGUAUGGGCAUCGUCACUGUCCUCUACAUCAGCCUCGGCACCAUAGGGUACAUGUGCUUCGGAGAGCAUAUUGGUGGGAGCAUCACUCUGAACCUGCCAAACUGCUGGAUGUACCAGGUCGUGAAGCUGCUCUACUGUUUUGGCAUCUUCGUCACCUUCGCGUUGCAGUUUUACGUCCCAGCAGAGAUCAUCAUACCUUGGAUAGUAGCUCGCGUGUCGGAGAGGUGGGAAACGCCCGUCGACCUCCUGGUCCGCACCUUCCUCGUCAUCAUCACAUGCACACUCGCCAUCCUGAUACCGGAGUUGGACCUGGUCAUCUCGUUGGUGGGCUCGGUCAGCAGCAGCUUCCUGGCUCUCAUCUUCCCACCCAUCCUGCAGCUCUUGGCUUUUCACACGGAGGGCCUGUCUCCACUGGUCUUUGUUAAGAACACCAUCAUCAGCGUGGUGGGGUUCAUCGGGUUCUUGGCUGGAACUUACAUCGCCAUCGUGGAAAUCAUCGCCCGGAACGCCAUCAAACACGAAGAGGCGAUCACCUCCAUCAUGGUUCUGUGACGCAGACUGUUGGACUAUUUAAAGGACAGCUUUAUUUCUACACUUUUUGUAUUUAGCCACUGUACGACGUAAGUUUUAUUGUAAUUGUGUCACAUUUAGAUCCAGCCAGUUAGUGCAACCUAAACGUAAAAAUUAUAAUUCCUUCAUGUUGGAGAUUAUAUCAGCAUAUUUAAAGAGAUUAGAGAAGAUUUAGGAUGACUGUGUCUUACGUCCAGACCGAAUCUGUUCAUGUAGUAAAUGAUUCAGUCAGAAGAUCAAACUACCUCAGUAACGAGUGUCGAUGAGACGUUUUGUGGAUGUUUGACCUUCAUCCUGAACAUGGUCACAUUUUAAACGCUUUCACCAGCUGCUCGUCAGUUUAUAAAGAAGUGAAAAAAGACAAAAAUAUAUGUUGCACUUUGAUUUAUGCCU